CUUGUCCUUUUUUUUUUUAUUGACACAGCACCACUUAAAAAAAAGUCCGUCGACAGAUCGAGCCGGUCGACAGGUACGUGAUGGCGUCGCCGGCUGCAGGCGCAUACUCGUGUCUUUGGCCGGCCGCCAGGGUUUGCACCGCGCCACGGCGGCGUCCGGCCUCCCCCUUCUCCCCGCUCGGCGCCCCUGCUCGCGUACGUCUACCGCGAAUGGCGCCGCGCUCCCUGUCCAUGUCACUGUCGGCGCUGCGCCCGCGCGUGCACCGCUGCGAUUCUGAUCCCGAGAGCGCGCCUUGGAGCGAUCCGGCCGUCGACCACCACUACGAUGUCGUGGACAUGGACCACAGAGACGAAACCGAUGCCGAUUUGCUUCUGGGCGGCCCGGCCGUCGAGGAGCCCCGCGAGCGCGCGGUCACCACGGACAUCGGUGAGGACGUGGACGACGAAGAUCAUCACGAUGUCGUGGCCAUGGUCCUCAGCAAUGGCACCGACGCCUUGGUUCUGAGCGGCCCGGCCGUCGAGGAGCCCCGCGAGCUCGCGCCCACCACGGGCAUCGGCGAGGCCGUGGACGACGAAGACCAUCACGAUGUCCUGGCCAUGGUCGUCAGCGAUGGCACCGACGACUUGGUUCUGAGCGGCCCGGCCGUCGAGGAGCCCCGCGAGCUCGCGCCCACCACCCUCCAUGGCGAGGGCUCGCACGACGACGUGGACGACUGGGGCGACCUCGACGACGUCGUGUAUCCCGCGGGGCUGACCAUCGGGGAGAUCAAGGAGUUCAAAAACACGGACUUCAGCCGGGCCGCCAUCAACGAGCGGUUCCGGCGCGAGUCCAAGGAGGCGAAGGCCGCCGUGAUAGGCGCCGUCACGGGCGUGGUCCGCCCACUCUGGGAGCUCCUCGGCGACCUGAGGAGCCUCAAGAGCGUCUUCGACACCCAGGAGUUCCAUAUAGGCAUGCCCUUCGGCGCCAUCAUGACGUGUAUGGGGAUGUACCAACUGUGGAAGCUUAGUCCCUCCACGUGCAUCGAGAUCGCCAUGUACUACGCCUUCUACAAGCUCAGCGACAUCGCGGCCGACGUCCGGCGGCGGGGCUUCUCCCCCGACUGGAUAAUCCGGAUUAAACUCGGUAUAAUCAUCGCUCUACUUGUCAAAUAUCGUAGCAAAAGCACUGUGCCCCUUGGUGAUUAUAUCAGGGUAGCGAUCUUCAUGAUCUAUUUUUUUUCGGUGGGAUGCGACGUGCUGGGUAUGAAGAAAUACGCGAGAAUGAUUCUCCCAAUGGUCCUCGAGAUGGCAAAACAUCCAAUGGCAACGACAAUACAGUGCAAACGAGUGAAAGCUACAGGGGAGGUUGAAUAUUGCGAAGUCGAAAGAUAGAUGAAACAAAAUGUAAUAUGUUGGGAGGAUGAUGUUUCGUAAGCAUGUAAAAUGGCCAAGUUCAAACUAAUAUUCAGUUGAUUUUGUGUACAUACCUCACAAAUGAGCAUGAGUUCAAACUUGAAAUUCCACAUGUUUAUCACUGUGCUAGCAUUAUUCUUUUUUUA